AUGAGUAAGGGAUCAAAGAUAUUGUCAGAUAUCUCGAUUGAUGAUCCAAAGCUGAAUUUACAGUCCAGGGGCUCCUCGAAUUUUAAACAGAUCUCGAGUGCUAACAUCAACACAAAAACAACCAAGAAAGCUAACCUUAUGAAUCCACCAUAUGACCAACCGAAAGCUUUUAGAAUAAGCCCGGCAAAAUCACACCUGGAUUCAAUGUCUCCAAUAAAGUCACCACUCAAUAUACUGCCUUUAGCUGAUUUGAUUGACACUUCGGCAUCCAAUUGUGAUGAAUCUAUCUCAAGUUUCUUUGAACACAAUGACAGUGCAGAGGAAGCCGGCUUCAGUCAGGAUCAUGGAAGAUGCGAGCACUAUCAAACAACACAAGAAAUCGAAGACUUAACUAUUAUGAAUAGAGACCUUAUUCUAGAAAUUGAAGCAUUACAGGAUCAACUGGAGAGUAAAAAUCAUUUACUAGAUCUAAAAGUGCUCAAAAUAAAUGAACUAAUGCAUUGUAAUAAUCGACUGAUAAGUGAAAUCAAAGUUGAGCGUGAAAUUAACGAAAAGGAUUUUAAUUCAUGGCUUGAUGUCAAAACAAAUUUAGAAUUACAAAUAUUCAAUUUAAAACAAUCACAACUAAAUGAAACUCUAGGAACCCCCACUAUGACUAAUGACAGUGUUAUCGAAGAAACAUUUGUUCAAAUCCAUGAACUACAAGCAGAAAUAAGCAAACUCAAGAAGAAAGUUAGUGUCUUAACCAAAGAAAAUGAGCUGGAAGUUCAAUCCAAACUGAUGAUCAUGGAUGAGUUAGAGAUGAUGCGAGAACGAUAUUUGGAAAUUAACAACAAACACGAAAUCUUAAAGUUAGACUAUGAUGAUUUGGUGAGGGACUUAAUCAUUCUAAGAGACGAACACUCUGGUACAAGUGACUACAACGAUGACCGUCGCAAUAAAAUAGAUGGAUUGAACUUAACAGAUGAAGAAGAUCCUGCAACUCCAACUAUAGACUCCAUUUCCUGCAAUGAAACACCAUAUUCCGAUAUAAUAGAUACACACGCUAAAGAUAACAGCAUCAAUAUAAAUAAUCAGAUACCACUAAGGAUUAAGAAGACACGCAUAAGUUCCCGGACGUCAACUAGCUCUUCUGCAAAUUCUAGAAUAGCAAGUUUGCGAAAUAAUAGUUUGAACAAAGCUAUCAGAAACGUAGAAUUAAAAUCUCAAAAGGAGAAGUACGAAAAGGAAAUGAUGAAAUAUGAAUUUGAGAUUAGAUCAUUGAAGCUGCAAUAUGAGAAACUGCUUUCGUUUAUUGGAUUUUCUUCACAACUUAAUGCUAAUUCAACUAAGGAUAUGAACUCUGUGCACAAAAAGAUAUCAGAUUCAAAUUUUUCAACCCUAUUCAAUAAUCUAAUAACUAGUAAUUCAAGUAAUAAUUCCAGUAAAACGAUUGACAAUCUAGACUAUUCGGAUGCUGUGAACAUUGAGAAAGCCAGGAAAAACCUGAAGACUGUGAUGAAAUCUGCAUCUGCUAUGCCCAUAAGACCGGGCACUGCUGGCAGUUUCAAGUUUGGCACUUUUGGUAAUUUUACGAAGGACCUAAAUGAACCUAUUGAUAUUUAUCAAGACUUUGAGGAAGAUACCAGGGAUGGUGAGUACCAAGAUGACUUGGAUAAUAUGGAUAAUGCAUCGUUCAAUCAGUCAGUCUGCUAUUCCACAGACUACGAACAGGGUGAAACAAAAAGACUCGAUUUUGGGUGCACGUCCUCGUUUGAAGAAAGUGGAGACGGGGAUGACGAAUUGGACGAUUAUGAAUCUGAUAUGAUUCAGAUGUCGGAUUUACUGCAGCCCCAAUUUACGGUAAAAACUGCUCCAAAGAGAAGUUUACCGAGAAAUCGGAAAUAUUUUUCGUCCAAUAACUCUUUAAAUGUAUCAUACAAAAUGGAUUUCAUGAUAUCUAGGUGUGCCAAUCGAAGUGUUAUAGAUGAGAGUAAGAACACUGGGGAUAAUGAGGCUAUUGCUAGUGAAACGAGUAAAUUUACCCCAAGGAGACAUUUGAAGAAAUUCACUCCAUCAGUAAUGAACUUGAAAUCAAACAAUGUGAUAGCUGAAAGAAAGACCGACAGUGACACAAAUCAAGAUUAUUUAGAGAUUGACAACAAUGGCAACUUGAAUUUAGGAGAGGAUGGAUUUUUAUAUGAUGAUCUACAUUUAAUCAAUGGUAAUGAGAGAAUGUUAAACCAAAAUAAAAGAACGAAAAUGCAGCUUUCUAUGUCACAGAUAAGUGAAGUUGAUGAAAGUGAAUUUAAUGAAGAUAACGAUGGUUAUACAAGCACCGAUGAGGACGAGAAUGAUGACGACGAUGAUGAUGACGAUACCUUCGACAUCUCUGCGCAAGAGCUCAAGAAAUUUGAGAUUGGGUUUAUCAGAAAUGGAUUACAUUGUCCAAAGCAUUCAUCAUUUCAUUGCUUUUGUCAUACCAACAAAUUGAUUGAUCCAUUAUACUACAAGAUAUUUUCGAGUCCUAUAUACUCGUUACGCCGCAUCAUUGAGAAAUACUACAAUGUGGAAGAACAUCGAAAUAAAAAGGGCAGGUUUAAGAGUGGACAUUCACUGAAAAUGCGAGCCAAGUUAUUGUCCAACAGUAUUCUGGAUUUGAACGACACCAAAUUGACGGGACAUAAGGGGAAUCCAAUGAGAUACCACCAUCACCACCUCCAACGGGGGCUUUACCAUCAGCGAGGCGAGACUAGGGGGCAGCGGGAAGCUGUAUCGGCGACUGCCGUCUCCAACAAUCGUCACGUUGAGGAAGGUGCCGAUUCUCCGAAGGCCAACUACAGUGCUCUCGCAGAGAAAAUGACGGGAUCGGGAUCCAGCAGCAGUGCAAAAGAGCUGGGAGACGAACCGUACGAGAAUGAGGAGGAUAUCUUGGUAGUGGACUGA